GACAUCUGCAUGCCAGAGGGGGCUCCCCCUCCUCUCCGCCUUUGUUGUGUCCGCUCUAGGAUUCCCCCGCACCCGUUUGUGGUCUUGGCCUUUUUUUUUCCCUCCUCCUCCUCCUCUUCGGCUCUCCGACCUCCGCGGUCUGAGGCGGCGGCGGUGGCGGUUUCUGAGGCGGCGGCAAUCUAGAACCAUCCGCCAAAAUGGUGAAUUUUACAGUAGACCAGAUCCGAGCGAUCAUGGACAAAAAGUCCAACAUCAGAAACAUGUCGGUGAUUGCUCAUGUUGAUCAUGGCAAGUCCACGCUUACAGAUUCCUUAGUGUGUAAAGCGGGUAUCAUCGCUUCUGCCAGAGCUGGUGAAACACGAUUUACUGACACACGGAAGGACGAGCAGGAAAGGUGUAUCACAAUCAAAUCUACGGCUAUUUCUCUCUACUACGAACUCUCAGAAAAUGAUUUGGCCUUUAUCAAGCAAUCCAAAGAUGGCUCCGGUUUCCUCAUUAAUUUAAUCGACUCCCCCGGGCACGUGGAUUUCUCCUCCGAAGUCACCGCAGCCCUUCGCGUCACCGAUGGAGCUCUGGUAGUCGUUGACUGUGUUUCAGGGGUUUGCGUGCAGACGGAGACCGUACUUCGGCAGGCAAUUGCUGAGCGUAUCAAGCCGGUCCUGAUGAUGAACAAGAUGGACCGCGCUCUGCUGGAACUGCAGUUAGAACCCGAGGAGCUUUACCAGACCUUCCAGCGCAUUGUGGAAAACGUCAAUGUUAUCAUUUCUACUUACGGAGAGGGUGAAACUGGACCCAUGGGUAAUAUUAUGAUUGACCCCGUAAUCGGUACUGUUGGCUUUGGCUCUGGCUUGCACGGUUGGGCGUUCACCUUGAAGCAGUUUGCUGAGAUGUACGUGGCCAAAUUUGCAUCCAGAGGAGAAAAGGCCCAGCUCUCCGCAGCUGACAGGGCCAAGAAAGUGGAGGACAUGAUGAAGAAGCUGUGGGGAGACAAGUAUUUUGACCCAGCAACAGGGAAAUUCAGCAAAUCCGCAGCUGGCCCUGAUGGAAAGAAGUUGCCACGUACUUUCUGCCAACUUAUCCUGGACCCCAUUUUUAAGGUCUUCGAUGCCAUCAUGAACUUCAAGAAAGAAGAAACCUCCAAGCUGAUAGAAAAACUGGACAUCAAGCUUGACGCUGAAGACCGGGAAAAAGAAGGAAAGCCGCUUCUCAAGGCCGUCAUGCGUCGCUGGUUACCUGCCGGAGAGGCUUUGCUUCAGAUGAUCACCAUUCACCUGCCCUCCCCUGUCACUGCUCAGAAGUACCGCUGUGAGCUCCUGUACGAGGGGCCGCCUGACGAUGAAGCUGCCAUGGGCGUUAAGAACUGUGACCCAAAGGGGCCUCUGAUGAUGUACAUCUCAAAAAUGGUGCCCACAUCGGACAAAGGCCGCUUCUAUGCCUUCGGGAGGGUCUUCUCCGGUAUAGUUUCCACCGGCCAGAAGGUGCGGAUUAUGGGACCCAACUAUACCCCGGGAAAGAAGGAAGACCUCUACUUGAAGCCUAUUCAAAGAACCAUUUUGAUGAUGGGUCGUUACGUUGAGCCCAUAGAGGAUGUCCCUUGUGGCAACAUUGUUGGCCUGGUUGGUGUCGAUCAGUUUUUGGUGAAGACGGGCACCAUUAGCACCUUCGAACACGCCCACAACAUGAGAGUGAUGAAAUUUAGUGUUAGCCCAGUUGUGCGCGUUGCGGUUGAAGCCAAAAACCCUGCCGACCUACCAAAGCUAGUAGAGGGGCUAAAGCGUCUUGCCAAGUCUGACCCUAUGGUACAGAUUUACUUGCAGAAAUCCGACCCAGUAGUAUCUUACCGGGAGACUGUCUGUGAAGAGUCUAACCAGUUGUGCUUAUCCAAAUCGCCUAACAAGCACAACAGGCUUUAUAUGAAAGCCCGCCCUUUCCCUGACGGAUUGGCAGAAGAUGUAGACAAAGGAGACGUUAGUUCCCGCCAAGAGCUGAAGCAGCGAGCUCGCUACCUGGCUGAGAAGUACGAGUGGGAUGUUUCCGAAGCACGGAAGAUCUGGUGCUUUGGACCCGACGGGACAGGGCCCAAUAUUUUGGUUGACAUCACCAAGGGCGUCCAGUAUCUCAAUGAAAUCAAAGACAGCGUCGUGGCUGGGUUCCAAUGGGCCACUAAGGAGGGCGUUUUGUGUGAAGAGAACAUGAGAGGGGUCCGUUUUGACAUUCAAGAUGUGACUCUCCAUGCUGAUGCCAUCCACCGUGGGGGAGGACAAAUCAUCCCGACUGCCAGGAGGGUCUUAUAUGCUUCUGCCUUGACUGCCCAGCCUCGUCUGAUGGAGCCCAUCUAUCUUGUUGAGAUUCAGUGCCCGGAACAGGUCGUUGGGGGCAUCUACGGUGUGCUGAACCGGAAACGUGGCCAUGUUUUUGAGGAGUCUCAGGUAGCCGGGACUCCGAUGUUUGUGGUCAAAGCGUAUCUUCCGGUGAACGAGUCUUUUGGUUUCACUGCUGAUCUGAGAUCCAACACCGGGGGCCAGGCUUUCCCGCAGUGUGUCUUCGAUCACUGGCAGAUCUUGCCCGGGGAUCCUUACGAUGCCAAUUCACGCCCUUUCCAAGUGGUGGCCGAAACACGUAAACGCAAAGGCUUGAAGGAAGGCAUCCCACCCCUAGACAACUUCCUGGACAAAUUGUAACAGCUUCCUCACGCGGGCGAGGAGCAUCUUAUGACAAUACCCGACUAAUCUCUGCAAUGGAAUCGGGAUUGCUUCACCAAAAGCAAAAAAAGGAAGACACGAGAAACCGGACAAACCGAAAUGAAGACACAAAACCAGCCUCUAGCAAUUAUGUCACAUUCACAUAACGAGAAAUAAAAAGUGUGUUGUUGAAUAGAAUGAUCUAGUCGGGUUUUUAUUUUCUCUGGAAACAAGACCGGUUCCGCUCGAUGGUGUUUUUAUUGUUUUUGUUUUUUUUAACGGCAAGGAUUUCUGAGACAGCAUUACAUAUCAAGUUCAGUUUAUGCAGAUUCAGUGGCUUUUAUGCCGCCCCCGGUACGUAGCGUCUCUUGCUUAGCACACAAAAUGCUGCUUCUAAAGGUUGGAGAAAAGUUUGCAGAAACAAUCCAGCGUGGCAUUUUUUUUUUUUUCCUAAAAAACAACCACUACCACCUUCCACGUGCUUAAUUGCAUCGCUUAAUAAAAACAGUAUGGCUUAAACUUCUUUUGACUGAGUCAGAAGCCUGAAAUUGAGCUCUGGAACAAAGAGGAAUUUUUCAAGAGACGUCCCCUGAGUUUUAGUGCAUCUCUCCGGGAACCUUUAGAAUUUACAGCACAACAGGAGGAAAAAACUACAGGAAGAAAAAAAAAAAGUCCUUUCGAACAGCACUGAAGAGAAAAUCUCAAAAGUAGUAGCAAACAGCAUUAUUUUUCUUGAACCAAAGAGAGAAGAAUUGAUUACUUUUAAUCAAUACAAAAAAAAA